GUUCUUUCUCCCUCUCCACGGUUUCAAGUUUCAAACUUCCUCCUGAAUUCAGUUUAGUCUGUUGCUCUCAGGUCAUAGAAGAGUGCUUCAGAGGUUGAGGGAACUUCAAUGAACAAUCUAAAGUCAGUCUUCACUACCUCACACUACUUACAACGGGUAGAAAUAGGUGAAAAACUCCAAGGAAAAUGUCUCAGAAAUGUCUCCCCUGCUGUACUUUCCUGCUACUUUGUAAUAAUCUUAAUCAGCAUUCUAGCUAUAAUUGCAGUUUGUGCUCGUUUGUCAUUGGGAGUGAGAUCUGGCAUUGAGUACCAUAGACCUUGCUAUGCCACCUGCCCAAAAGAAUGGAUUGGAUUUGGAAGCAAAUGUUUUUAUUUUUCUGAAGACAUGAGAAACUGGACAUUCAGCCAGACCUCCUGCGUGGCAUUAAAGGCCCAUCUAGCUAAAUUUGAGAGUCCGGAGGAGCUGAAUUUCAUGAAGAGAUACAAAGGGCCUUCUGAUCACUGGAUUGGUCUGCGUAGAAAGUCAUCACAUCACCCUUGGAGGUGGACAGACAACACUGAGUAUAACAGCUCGGUUCUCACCCGCGGAGAAGGGGAAUGUGCCUACCUGAGUGACAGAGGUAUCAGCAGUGCCAGGAACUAUGCUCCUAAAAAGUGGAUUUGUAGUAAGUCCAACAGAUAUACCUAACAGUAACCAACAUAUUUCAAAUCCAAAGCAUGACUGAGAAACAGAUGCUGUGUGACCUGUUAUCUGCAGUUUCUGUUCCACUCCUGAUCUGCUAAAAUCAUCAAAAUCCAUCAAUAAUACGUGUUGACAGCAAAGACAAAAACCUGUUUAGAGGAUUACAGAUCCAGGAAAUUGGAAAAACAGAUGAUUCUAAAUUAAAUAGAUGUCGCAGUAUGAGUUAGUUCUCAAAUCUUGAACUUAAAGUACAGUCAUGUCUGUAUUAGUAAGCUCCACUUUUAUGACCAGAUCUGAAUGUUUUUUUAUUGGUCUUUGCUUUAAAAGUUUGGAAACUAAAAAUGUGAGGUUCUAAACCAAUGGAAAAGAUUCAAUAAUCACAAGAAAUAUUAUAAUUCAUCUGCAACCUCAAAAUAUUUUUGUAAACUCUGUCAUCAUUCUUUUACAAAAUUCAGUGACCAAUAUGAAGGGCAAUCUAAACAGGAUUGAACCCGAUGCUGUACACUGUGGGAUUCAACAACAUUGUCAAAAAGGUUUUACACUUUACUUCUUAAUGUUCUUUUAAAAAUUAAAAUAGACUAAGGAUA